CCACCUAAAUAGCUCAUCGACUCACUCGAUGGAUCUUAAAUCGAAGCAUACAUUCGAUGCCAUUAUGGAGAAUCUAACGAAGGAACAGAUGGCCGAAUACACAAAGAGUUUCGGGCUUUUGAUCAAGAAUGAGAACGGAGUGGUCACAAUUGACGAACUACGCGUAAUGGUCCAAACUUUAGGCGAGAAUCCGACGGAAUCUGAGCUCGAGGAGACAUUUAAAGCCUCCGAUAUUGAUGGGAAUGGCGAGAUCGAUUUCAAAGAGUUCUGCUUCGUUAUGGACAGGUUCGAGAGAGAAGAGAAGCGCCAGCUUUGCGAGGCAUUCAAGAUGUUCGAUCAGGAUGGCGAUGGUUACAUAGGCGGAGAGGAUCUGGUCAAUGUGUGGAAGAGCAUGAACAUCCAACCCAAGAAUGUGCUUAUCGAAAGAAUGCUAAAGGCCGGCGACAUCGAUGGCGAUGGCAAGAUCAGUUGUGCCGAGUUUGUGGCCAUGAUGCAGAAGCCGCUUGUUCAGAAGUUUCAAGAGAGAGAAACAUCCGCAUAGUCUUACAAAAUCUCUUUGCCCCAAAAUUCAAAAUGAAAUGGAAUUGAAAAACAAUAUGAAAUAA